AAAGGGAAGAAAAGUACCCUGGGUUGAUUACUUUGAUUCAGAGCUAUUAUCAAAAUCAAUCAAAGCGUAAGGGAUCGGUGGAAAAACCUCCAAGUUUCUUUCGACGAUAUAACCAGAUCGCAAGAUGUCGACUCUUGCAGCAGCUCGGGCAGAUAACUUUUACUACCCACCAGAAUGGGAGCCAAAGAAGGGUGGGUUGAACAAGUUCAAUGGUCAGCAUGCUUUGAGGGAGAGAGCAAGAAAAAUAGAUCAAGGCAUAUUGAUUAUAAGGUUUGAGAUGCCUUAUAAUAUUUGGUGUGGUGGUUGUGAGUCCAUGAUUGCAAAAGGUGUAAGGUUCAAUGCAGAGAAAAAGCAAGUGGGGAAUUACUACUCUACGAAGAUAUGGAGCUUUAGUAUGAAAUCCCCAUGCUGCAAACAUGAGAUUGUUAUUCAAACCGAUCCACAAAAUUGUGCUUAUGUGAUAAUGAGUGGAGCCAGACAAAAGGUUGAGGAAUAUGAUGCUGAAGAUGCUGAGACUUUGGUACUCCCUGUGGAUGAUGAUAAGAGUAAGCUAGCGGAUCCAUUUAAGCGGCUUGAACACCAGGAAGGAGAUAUUAAGAAAAAGAAAGAAGCCGAGCCUGUACUGGUACGCCUGCAGAGAAUAUCAGACUCCAGGCAUUUAGAUGAUUAUGCAUUAAACAAAUCGCUGCGUGCAAGGCUUAGGAAUCAAAAGAAAAGAGUAGCUGAAGAAGAAGCUAGUGCCCGGAAAUCAGGAUUUGGUUUAAGACUUCUCCCAAGUUCUGAAGAGGAUGCAAGAGCUGCUAAACGUAUUAAAUUUGGUACGAAGUUUGAGAAGAAUAGAAAAGACAAGAGAGCUCUAAUUCAAGCAGCCUCGAUAUUUUCUGGAUCAUCAUCUUCUCCCUCUGAUAAAAGGCGUUUGGAGCUAGAAGCUAAGAGGAGAAAAAUUAAUGCUGCCACUGCAUCAAAGCUGUUAGCUGGAGGAGUCAAACCAUCUUCAUGGGCUCGUGACUCUCUCCCAUCUCGGAAAUCCAUCAGAUCCUAGUGUGAUAACAUCUUUGUCGGCAACCUAUCAUAGAUGAUUUGAACUCUGGCCAGCAGAGAGAUGGAUGGGUCGAUAUCCGUAUCAGUUGAUAUUUCCCAAAUUUACUUUCUCAGUUUGUAAAUAUUGUGUACACUGGAGCCUAUGUUUCUUUGACCUCAAAUACGCUUUCUUUGUA